AAACGCAGCAGCAGGCGCGCGAUGGAGCGGGGCGCGUGAAGACGGAACUGCGCGUGGGCAUGAGGAGUUCCUCUGAAGAGAAGAGAAGAAGAAGAAGAAGAAGAAGAACCAGCUCGUGGACACAUGUUGUUGUUGUUGUUUUAUAACAACCGUUAAACCGCUAAACAUGAGUGAGAGGACAGUUUGACUUUUUGACGCACGGAUGGACACGCGCACGGCGGUGCUCGCUGCUCGCUGAAGCCGCCGGUGUCCCCUCUGCUGUCGGCACUUCAAAGCAACCCGGUGCAUUACGUCACUUCUCUUUUGAUCUUUCCUCGGACGUCCCGCGGGCGUCAGUGAGAGUCCAGGUGGAAACAUGGCCGAGCACGAGAGCCUGGAGUUCGGGAAGGCGGACUUCGUGCUGCUGGACAACGUGUCCAUGGAGGAGUUCAUGGGGAACCUGAAACUCAGGUUCGAGAAGGGGCGGAUCUACUCGUACAUCGGCGAGGUGGUGGUGUCCGUCAACCCUUACCGGGCCAUGAACAUCUACGGCCGCGACACCGUGGAGCAGUACAAGGGCCGCGAGCUGUACGAGAGGCCGCCGCACCUCUUCGCCAUCGCGGACGCGGCGUACAAAGCCAUGAAGAGGAGGAACAAGGACACGUGUAUCGUCAUCUCAGGGGAAAGUGGAGCCGGAAAGACGGAAGCCAGCAAGUACAUCAUGCAGUACAUAGCUGCCAUCACUAAUCCCAACCAGAGGGCGGAGGUGGAGAGGGUGAAAAACAUGCUGCUCAAAUCCAACUGUGUGCUGGAGGCCUUCGGCAACGCCAAGACCAGCCGCAACGACAACUCCAGCCGCUUCGGCAAGUACAUGGACAUCAACUUUGACUUCAAAGGGGAUCCCAUCGGAGGCCACAUCAACAACUACCUGCUGGAGAAGUCCAGGGUGAUUUUCCAGCAGGCAGGAGAGAGGAGCUUUCACUCCUUCUAUCAGCUGCUCAGAGGAUCUCCAGACUCCUUGCUGCGCUCUCUUCACGUCAAGAAAGACCCGACUGCCUACAACUACAUCAAAGUCGGAGGCCAGAUCAAGUCGAGCAUCAACGACGGCGCUGAUCUCAAAGCUGUGGCCGACGCCAUGAAAGUGAUCGGCUUCACUGGGGACGAGAUUCAGACCGUUUACAAGAUCCUGGCCACCAUCCUACACCUGGGAAAUAUGACCUUCGGGGUGGACGGAGACGUGACCUUGAUCGAGAACCCGAAGCUGGUGUCUGUGAUCAGGGAGCUGCUCUCCACCAAGGAGGAGAACGUGGAGAAGGCCCUGCUGUACCGCACCGUGGCCACCGGGCGGGACGUCAUCGAGAAGCAGCACACGGCGCAGGAGGCCGGCUACGGACGGGACGCUCUGGCCAAGGCCAUGUACGAGCGUCUGUUCUGCUGGAUCGUCGGACGCAUCAAUGACGUGAUCGAGGUGAAGAACUACGACGCCAGAGUCCACGGGAAGAACACGGUCAUCGGGGUCCUGGACAUCUACGGCUUCGAGAUCUUCCAGAACAACAGCUUUGAACAGUUCUGCAUCAACUACUGCAACGAGAAGCUGCAGCAGCUGUUCAUCCAGCUGGUGCUGAAGCAGGAACAGGAAGAGUAUCAACGAGAAGGAAUCCCCUGGAAACAUAUUGAUUACUUCAAUAACCAGAUCAUCGUGGACUUGGUGGAGCAGCAGCACAAAGGCAUCUUCUCCGUUCUGGACGAGGCUUGUAUGAACGUGGGCAAAGUCACCGACGAGGUUUUCCUCCAAGGCCUCAACGGCAAACUCGGCAAACACGCCCACUUCACCAGUCGCAAGCUCUCGCCCGCUGACAAGACUCUGGAGUUCGACCGGGACUUUCGUAUCAGACACUACGCAGGAGACGUGAUGUACUCAGUGGUGGGUUUCAUUGACAAGAACAAAGACACACUGUUCCAGGAUUUCAAGAGACUGCUCUAUAACAGUUCUAACCCGGUGCUGAAGGGGAUGUGGCCUGAGGGCAAACUGAGCAUCACCGAGGUCACCAAGCGGCCGCUCACCGCCGCCACGCUCUUCAAAAACUCCAUGAUCGCGCUGGUGGAGAACCUGACGUGCAAGGAGCCCUACUACGUCCGCUGCAUCAAACCCAACGACGUGAAGUCCCCUCUGCUGUUCGAGCAGGAGCGCUGCCGCCACCAGGUGGAGUACCUGGGGCUGCUGGAGAACGUCAGGGUGCGGCGCGCCGGCUUCGCCUACAGGCAGACGUACCCUCGCUUCCUGCAGAGAUACAAGAUGAUCUCGGAGUUCACGUGGCCGAACCACGACCUGCCCUCGGACAAGGAGGCGGUGAAGCGGCUGCUGCAGGGCUGCGGGUUCGACCACGACGUCGCCUACGGCAAAACCAAAGUCUUCAUCCGCACGCCACGCACCCUCUUCAGCCUCGAGGAGCAGAGAACCGAGAUGGUCGGAAGAAUCGUCCUCUUCCUCCAGAAGGUGUGGAGGGGCACCAUCGCCCGGAUGCGGUACCGGCGGAUGCGGGCGGCCCUCGUCAUCCUUCAGGCUUACCGCCGCUACAAGGUCAGGUCCUACAUCCGCGAGGUCAACCGGCGCUUCAAGAACGUCCGGUCCAUGAAGGACUACGGGCGACACGUCAAGUGGCCGACGCCGCCGAAGGUCCUGCGCAAGUUCGAGGAGUCGCUGAGGAGCAUCUACAACAGGUGGUGGGCAUGGACUCUGAUCAAAGGCCUUUCUCCAGAGGAGGCCCUGCGGGUGAGGGCCAAGGUCGCCUGUCUGGAGGCCCUGAAGGGCCACAGGAGCGACUUGGGCCUGCAACGAGCCUGGGAAGGAAACUAUCUGAAGCGAGACAGCCCCGACAGCGCCGCCUCCUUCACGCUCGUCUCCAGCGAGCUGCAGCGGAAAGACAAAUUCAUGAGGGUGCUGUUCUCCUGCAAUGUUCGCAAGAUCAACCGUUUCCACAAGUCGGAGGACAGGACUGUGCUCAUCACUGACCGCCACCUGUACAAGAUGGAUCCCCUAAAGCAGUACAAGCCCAUGAAGAGCAUCCCCCUCUACAACGUGACGGGGAUGAGCGUGUCCCCGGGGAAGGACCAGCUGGUUGUCUUCCACACUAAGGACAGCAGGGACCUGGUGGUGUGCCUGCAGGGAAUGGUCCCUGCCAGCGAGAGCCGCAUCGGGGAGCUGGUGGGCACCUUGCUCAGCCACUUCAAGAGUGAGAAGAGGAAGCUGCAGGUGAACGUCUCCAGUCCCAUCCAGUGCAGCAUGAACGGCAGGAAGUGCACCAUCAUCGUGGAACCCAAGAUCAACCAAUCACAGCCGGACUUCACCAAGAGCCGCUCGGGUUACAUCCUGGCUGUUCCCGGCAACUGAGAUCAGACAGUGACGGACGAUUCCAAAGCAGGCCAAGAUGAAGAUGAAGAUGAUGAUGAUGAUGAUGAUUCACAUCUUAUUCCCUCCUCAUGUUUUCUGCUGACAGUGGGACAGCAGCUCUUUCGGAGCUUUGAGGGGAUUGAACCUCAAACAGCAGAGUCGUGUCAAAUUGGACCUGUUUUCUAGAUUUCUAUGCAAUGCUGCGAUGAAAAGGAAGCGUUAGCAUUAUGCUACAUGCUAAAUCUUAUUAGCUAAACAGGUAUAAAAGAUAAUAUGCACUGUCUCUUUAAAAUCCAAAUUUAAAAUGAUUCGCUUCUGUGCAAUAUAGAGUUUAUUGUGAUUGAUUAUUGUGAGUUGAGAUGAGAGGAGAUUAAUCAGCAACUUGCAUCAUAGAUAUAAAAGUCCAAAGGUUGAGCAGGAAUGAAAAAUCCCUGCGGCUCCGCAUCAGAAGUGAAACCCCAGAAAAUGAAGUCUGAAGAUAUGAAUGAUUCUUAAAACACCUGCUUUAAUUGAGUUGUGGAUUUUAUUCUAAGGAAUAAUAAUGUUAAUUGACUUAACUGAAGACUUAAUGAAUGGAACUGUAAUAUCCACUCGUAGUUUGUUAAAUGUUUACAAUCACGUGAUAAUGAGUGAGAAUCAAGCAGUAGUUCAGUGACAGGAUGUUCUGCAGGAUGUGUUGAGCACAUCCACGACAUCGCAAAGUGCUAAAAUCUGUUAAUUUAAAAUCCUGCGUCUUAUAAUCUUUACUGCAAUGUCUUUUAUAAUAUUCCCCGAUGGCACCUGUACUGCAUCGAGUGCACAACUAAUACUGAGUCAUACUGUAAAGGGACAAUAUGAAGAUUAUAACCAAAGCAUUACUUUCUACAGGAGGGUGCAUGAUCUCUAGAGCCCUGUUCACACAACACGGGUUCAGGAUCAGUCAGAUUCGUGUCUCUUCU